AUUAUACAAUGAAUUUUAUUAACUCUUUUAAUUAUUUUUAAUUUUAUUUUUAUAAAUAUAAAACAUCCAUUAGCAAUAGGAUUAACUCUAUUAAUCCAAACUACAUUAGUAACUUUAACAUCAGGUCUUAUAACUAAAAGAUUUUGAUUUUCAUAUAUUUUAUUUUUAGUAUUCUUAGGAGGUAUAUUAGUUUUAUUUAUUUAUGUAACUUCUUUAGCAUCAAACGAAAUAUUUUCAUUUUCAAUUAAAUUAUUAUUUAUUUCAUUAAUAAUAUUUUCUGUAAUAAUAAUUACAUUAUUUUUUAUAGACAAAAAUAUUUUACUACAAUACCAAAAUUUAGAAAUUAAAUCUAUUUAUGAUAUAAAUUCUUACUUAAUAGAAAAUUCUUUAUCUCUUAAUAAAUUAUAUAAUUAUCCAACUAAUUUAUUAACAAUUUUAUUAAUAAAUUACUUAUUAAUUACAUUAAUUGCUGUAGUUAAAAUUACUAAAUUAUUUAAGGGUCCUCUUCGACCAAUAUUUAACUAA